ACCCUCGCGUGUGCGUGCGCGCGUGUUUCUCUCCGCCGUUCUCUCGGAAGAACGCGGGAGGGGGCAUAUCCCUUUGCGAUUGUAGUCCGCUCUGCCUCUGCUCGCUUCUGUUCGUGUGGGCUGGACGGUCUUAGAUCACGCAACUCUUUCUAUGCUUUUGGGCAUUUAACGACCAUUGACUGGUUGCGUUCAGCUGGCUCCUGCUAUCGAAGAUGGUGCGAUAUUGUGAGCAGACCACUACCUUCCAGCAUCCUUGGGAUCAAGUGGUCCAGGCAUUCUGGCACAGAUACCCUAAUCCCCACAGCUCGCACGUGCUCACCGAGGACACGGUGCAGCGCCAGAUGACCGGCGGCUGCCUGCGCUCCAAGCGCAUCGUCACCAAAACCAACCGGAUGCCCAAGUGGGGCGAGCGCUUCCUGAGCGCGCGCACAGUGGCCGUGCUGGAGGAGUCGGCCUGCGAACCGGCGCGCCGCUCGCUGGUCACGCUCACGCGCAACCUGGGCCACACGCACCUGAUGCAGGUGUCCGAGCGGGUCGAGUACGUGCCGCACCCGGACGAGCCGGGCCACACGCUGGUGCGCCGCCAGGCCUGGGUCAGCUCGGCCGUGUUCGGCUUCGGAUACGCCAUUCAGGCGUUCGGUGUCGACAGGUUUAAAAAGAACCUAAACAGCACUGUCCUCGGCUUCAAUCACGUGCUCAGCAAAAUGUUUCCCCGGCGGAGGCUGGAAGACGUUGCCUUAGAUCAACCGUUGUCAGCUAUGGAUUCUCGGAAAGAACGGCUGAGGGAGACCGCCAAGAAGGCGAAGGAGCUGGCCAAGUCGCGGGCGGGCUCGCUGGUGGCCGCCUGCUCCGAGAAGGAGUCCCGGUAACUGGGCGGAGAGCCCGCCCCGACCUUCCACUCGACACACGCACCGGCUGCCGCACAGCAGAGCGGGCGCGACGCGUCCCGCCUCGCAGCCAGAGUAGACCCCGCCCGGCCGCGGCGGCACAUCCGGCCGAUUCCCGCAUCCGACUCCGCUGACAUCUGUGGAUGGCGUGUCGUCAUCUGCAGCGAUUCCCCGUGAAGGGGCGCGCCGAGCAGGGCACUGACGGCGCGUCCUCACCGUGGGGCGCAGCGGAUCGGGCCUGUUAAUGCAAUCCUGGCAGGAGCAGCGACGCCUCAGAGGCUUCGUCUUCGUGCCGACUGAGACGUACCCACGUUCGUCACGUGGGUGUUAAAGCCAUGCGUAUCAUCUCCAAUUAACUCUAGCUUGUCGGAUCCUGCUUCGUCUGCUCGUCGCAGAAAUGUAACCACCCACGGGUGUUUGGGGACGCUGCGCGUGAGCUGGAGUGGAGGCCGUCGUUCCACGAGAAACUUUUGCCGAUUCUCGCAUUUGCGUACCCCGAAAGGCGCGUUGGUCGGGCUGAGAAAGGAGAUAAUUAGAAACGACACGUCGUGAACUAGCUUUUCUACAGGUGCGUGGAAUCGGUUUUUGUAUAAGAGCUUGCUUGUUGAAACCCUUGUGAUCGUCCCCAUAUUGCGUAGCGAGUGUGAUUUAAUGUAGUUUGUGAUAAAGCCGUUGAAUCCACGCAUUCUCUGAGGCGGGCUUAUUCUGAUAGGGGUGCAGAGGACAGAAUAUGCAGGUGAUCACAGUGGUCCAGUAAUUUUCCCCUAGCACUGCCGUGAUGUGUCGAUUAUUCCCUUGAAACGACAGUACAUGGGUGAUAAGGUUUUGUUUUGCUGGCCGUUUGUUUUUGUGUGGUAUUCAGCAAGUCUAGGGAAGUUGUAGGAAGAGUACCGAUCGCUGACGGUUAUGAUCGGGUGCUUGUGUUAAAAUGCUGCUUUGUGUGUUCGAUUCAACUUCCAAACAAUCCGUGGGUUAGUUUGCUCGGUAGAUAUAUCGGGCAUUAACGUGGUAGCUGUUGAAUUACAACGGUGGUACAGUUUGGUUCUCUAUUUCGGGCCAGUUUGCAAUCUCUGUGUGCGAUGAUGAGUGUUUAACCCCCACACUGAAGGGUACAUGCGAAUAAAUGAUUAAGCAGA